UGUGUACUUUAUGCUCGGCUCUGUGAAUGGACAGUUGUUGUUUUUUUGCUCUGGUCAGCAGUGAGGGCAGAGCUGUGAAUAGAGGCCGGCACAGCGGUGUCACAGGGGGGUUUCAGUGGCCCCCAUAGAAAAGUCCAGUCCUCGCCCUGCUGACUCAGGCACAAGCGAAGGGCCUGCUAUACCCUGCGGCCGCACAGUUCAGUCUCUGCCGCAGCUUCGAGCAUGGUGGCCUACCCGGCAGACCUGGGGACGACAUAUCACGCUGCCGAGACGCCGCAGGAACAACUUUUCAGAUGCAGAGUGGAGUGCCGCUUAAUGAGGAGCCCAGGAAGAAAAAAAAUGAACCAGAGAAGCCAGCCAGCCAGAACAGCCGCAUUGUUGCCCCAGAUUUUCAGUAUGCGAUGAAUUACUCGAAGCUCGGCAAGUGUAUCAUUAUAAACAACAAGAACUUUGAAGACAGAACAGGGAUGUGUAUCCGGAACGGGACAGAUAAGGACGCCGGCGAUCUGUGCAAAUGUUUCCGAAAUUUAGGAUUUGAAGUGAAGGUUUAUAAUGAUCAGAGCUGUGAGGCGAUGGAACGGUUGCUGCAGAGUGCGGCGAAGUACGACCACACUGACAGUGCUUGCUUCGCCUGCAUCCUCCUGAGCCACGGUGAGGAGGGUCAGAUCUAUGGCACGGACGGGGCGAUGGCUAUAAAAACUCUUACGACACUUUUCCGAGGCGAUAAUUGUCAGAGUCUGGUCGGAAAGCCAAAGCUCUUCUUUAUCCAGGCCUGCCGGGGAUCGGAGUUUGACGAUGGCAUUCAGACAGAUUCUGGACCGGCCAACGACUCCAUGGAGACGGACGCCAAUCCCAGAUACAAGAUCCCGGUGGAGGCCGACUUCCUUUUUGCCUAUUCCACCGUACCAGGCUACUAUUCCUGGAGGAACCCGGGGAGGGGUUCCUGGUUCGUGCAGGCCCUCUGCGGUGUUCUCACCCAAUACGGGAAGCAGCUGGAGAUUAUGCAGAUCCUGACUCGGGUCAACUACUUGGUGGCCACCAACUACGAAUCGUGGUCAGAUGACCCGCGCUUCAGCGAGAAGAAGCAGAUUCCCUGUGUGGUCUCUAUGCUAACCAAGGAACUGUAUUUCUAGACAUUUUACACUGUGGAUCCUCCAAGUUCCGUCAUUAUCAGGGAGUAACGAGGCAAGCUGAUCUCUUUUUAAAGUAGCACAAUAGGAUUUAUUAAACAAGGGAGCGCAAGGAGCAUUGAUAAUGUGCGAGGUGUAGUAGCCCAUAAAGA